UCCCCAAAAUCAAAUUUAGGACACAAUAUAUAAUGUAAGUAUCGAGUUAUAUAAGUUUUAGUUACUGUUUGUUUUUACAGAUGCUAUGAAGCGAUUAAGGGAUGAUGUUUAUGCUAAUCCUCCAUUUAAACGCCCAUUUGGUUCUUCUCGUGGAGAAUCAUACGGCCAAUCACAGCUUCCUGGAAGUGGCGCUGGUGGAGGAGGCAGUGGCAGCGGAGGCGGCGGCGGCACUGGUGAAGGGGGUGCUGGUGCCAGUGUUAGUACCCAAAAGUUGACAACUAAUGAUGCAUUAUCUUAUUUGAAGGAAGUUAAGGACAUGUUUCAAGACCAAAGGGAGAAAUAUGACUUGUUCCUUGAUGUUGUGAAAGACUUUAGGCUCAAAGGUACGUACAGCACUUCAAGGAGAAGGAGAAGUUAGAACACAGAUACUGAAGUUCUGCUCUUCAUUUGUAUGGGGAGGACGCCUCUAUUUCUAUUUAUGUUUUGAACAGGAAAUAAGUCUGUUUUGUAACUUCUCAUCAUUUUGAGGAUAUUUACUUUGUGGACUAUUAAACGCAUCUAGUUGCUUCAUGGUCUUUUGAAACUUUUGUGCAUCUUGAAUCUUGUACUGUGUUGGAGUCUCUAAAAUUGUUCAUGAUACUUUUCCCUUU